AUGUCAGGAAAUACUGUUCAACGUAAUACUGAACAAAUCAAUAAUGCAUUAAAUGCUAUUCAACAUAGACGAACCACUACUGGUAAUGAUUUAAAUCAUACUAAUCAACGAAUAAUUCUGCAAAAUUCAAUAAAUGAUAAAGAUUAUACAAUUUAUAUUACUGAUGAUGGAGAAAAAUAUUCUACUGUUGAAAGAGCUGUGAAAUCAGUUGAUCCACCAGUAACAUUUAAACCUAAAGAUGAACAAGUUUUUUUAUCAAAUGGUAAACCUAAUCAUCAAUUUUUAAAACAACAUUUUAUUCAUGAAGGUAGAUUACAUGAACAUCAAGCCAUUCAAAUUUUAAAACAAGCUACUCAUUUAUUAAGUAAAGAAUCAAAUUUAUUAAAUGUCCCAGCACCAGUAACUAUAUGUGGAGAUGUUCAUGGACAAUAUUAUGAUUUAAUGAAAUUAUUUGAAGUUGGUGGUGAUCCAGCAACUACUAAAUAUUUAUUUUUAGGUGAUUAUGUUGAUCGAGGUUCAUUUUCUAUUGAAUGUUUACUUUAUUUAUAUUCAUUAAAAAUUAAUUAUCCUGAUACUUUUUGGAUGCUUAGAGGUAAUCAUGAAUGUCGUCAUUUAACUGAAUAUUUCACAUUUAAAAAUGAAUGUUUACAUAAAUAUUCGGAACAAUUAUAUGAAGAAUGUCUUGUUAGUUUUAAUGCUUUACCUUUGGCAGCAAUUAUGAAUGAACAAUUUUUUUGUGUUCAUGGAGGAUUAUCACCACAAUUAACAAGUUUGGAUAGUCUUAGAAAAUUACAUAGAUUUAGAGAACCCCCUACUAAAGGGUUAAUGUGUGAUUUAUUAUGGGCUGAUCCUAUUGAAGAAUAUGACGAAGAUAAUAUUGAUCAAGAAUAUGUUACUAAUGUGGUUAGAGGUUGUUCAUUUGCAUUUACUUAUAAAGCUGCUUGUAAAUUUUUGGAUAAAACAAAAUUAUUAUCGGUAAUUCGAGCUCAUGAAGCUCAAAAUGCUGGUUAUCGAAUGUAUAAAAGAACUAAAACAAUGGGAUUCCCAUCAUUAUUAACUAUGUUUAGUGCUCCAAAUUAUUUGGAUAGUUAUAAUAAUAAGGCAGCUGUAUUAAAAUAUGAAAAUAAUGUCAUGAAUAUUAGACAAUUUAAUGCUUCACCUCAUCCUUAUUGGUUACCUCAUUUUAUGGAUGUUUUCACUUGGUCUUUACCAUUUGUUGGAGAAAAAGUUACUGAUAUGUUGGUUUCAAUUUUAAAUGUUUGUACUGAAGAAGAAUUAGAUGAAGAUUUACCAUUUAGUGAAUCAGAAAUAGGUGUUGCAACAAAAACAACAAAAACAACAACACCAGUGUCACCAGUGUCACCAAAAGCUCAUCCACCAUCAACUCGUAUUACAUCACCUUAUAAAUCAACUAAACUUGUUGAAUCAGACAAUAAUCCUAACACCAAUAAUGAUGAUUCGGAAAUGACAUUGGAAGAAAAGAAACAAGCUUUACGUAACAAAAUCAUUGCUAUUGGUAAAAUGUCACGGAUGUUUCAAGUUUUACGAGAAGAACAAGAAAAUGUUGCUCAUUUAAAAGAAUUAAAUCGUGGUUCAUUACCAAAAGGUUCAUUAUUACAUGGAGUUGAUGGUUUAAAAAAUACUAUUAAUUCAUUUGAAGAAGCUAAAGCUGCUGAUAGAAUUAAUGAAGCUUUACCACCUUCACCAGAAGAUAUACAACGAUUAAAACAAGAAAAAAAUACCAGAAUUAGACAACAAAUUGAAAAUCAAGAAAUGAGUGGACCAGUUUUCCAAAGAUUAAUUAGAAGAUUAUCUCAAAGUUGA